AACAAGCAAUAUAAGCCCAAAGAGAAAAGAUUGUUGGGCCAAAUUCUGCCAAGUGAAAUGAUUUUUGGUUUUUUCUAUUUUAAUCAAAGGAAAAGGUUUAUAUAUACCACAAUUUUGUGGUUUAAAACUACUAUGCUGCAAAAGUGGUUCACUUUUAGAGCUGAUAAGCCACCCUUAACCUUUUUCUUAUUAUUAGUUUAUGAAAAAAAUUAACAAACACACAAAGAAGCUAGGAAUUUUAAAUUUUGAAAUUUAUUUUUAUCAAACUAACAUUAUAUUUAAGCAUUUUUUUUCUGUAAAAAAAAGUUAUUAUAGUCAAAGUCAUCAGUAAAGUAAUUUUUAACUUUUUAGUAGUAAUAAUUCCACUUAUAUAUUGCCACACAUUAUACGUGUCAAAGUCCAAGCUUAUGAUAAAAAACACAAAUGCUUAUGUGUCGUUUAUUUAUUGGGUGUGAAAAACCCUAAAACCCUUUCAUAUAUUGUGUCUCAAAGAGACAGGUUAUUGCCGUUUAGGGUUUAAGCGAAAUCAAGAAAAUCAGUUAAGCAGCUCUGUAACUCAGGUGGGAAAAAGGCAAAAAAUAAUGGUGGUUGACAAAGGGAAGAAGCAGAAAGUGGAAGAGGAAAGCUACAUUGAUGAAAAGCUCAUUUUUUCCAUUGAAAAAUUGCAAGAAAUACAAGACGACCUUGACAAGAUCAAUGAGAAAGCAAGUGAGGAAGUGUUGGAAAUAGAACAGAAGUACAACAAGAUCCGCAAGCCUGUUUAUGAUAAGCGGAAUGAUAUCAUUAACUCUAUUUCUGACUUCUGGUUGACUGCUUUUUUGAGUCAUCCUGUUCUUGGUGACCUUCUAACUGAAGAGGACCAAAAGAUUUUCAAAUUCUUAAGUUCUAUUGAAGUGGAAGACUCGAAAGAUGUGAAAUUUGGUUACUCAAUCACGUUUAACUUUAAGCCCAAUCCUUUCUUUGAAAAUUCAAAGCUCUCAAAGACCUAUACCUUCCUUGAAGAUGGACCUACAAAAAUCACAGCUACACCAAUAAAAUGGAAAGAAGGCAAAGGCAUUCCUAAUGGCGUUGCUCAGGAGAAGAAAGGAAACAAGCGAUCCCAUGCUGAAGAGAGCUUCUUCACCUGGUUCAGUGAAGUCAAUAAAAAAGAUGAUAGCGAUGAUGAUGAAAAUGAGGUUCUGGAGAUUCAGGAUGAGGUUGCUGAAAUAAUCAAGGAUGACUUGUGGCCAAACCCUUUAACUUAUUUUACCAAUGAACCUGAUGAAGAAGAUUUUGAGGGUGAUGAAGGUGGUGAUGAGGGGGAGGACUCUGAAGAUGAAGGUGAUGAGGAGGAAGAGGAAGACGACGAAGAUGAAGAUGACAAAUGAACUGUUAAUGGACCUCAUAUUUGAUUUGAUUUCUCUUCUUCAAUGUUUCAAUUAUCAUAGUUGGUAUCUGUAAAGAAGCUUAAUAUUGCAGAUAAAAUCGAAUUAUAUAUAGUGGUGACUGCUUUUUUACUACAAAAUGAACUUUUUCUUAUUCA